AAUUAACGUGUGCUCACGCAUAACACCCAAAAUCGAAUUUUACAAAUAUACACUUUUCACUAAAAUUAGAUUAGUUCUUGUUAGUCUUUUUACUAAAAUAGAACACAAAACAUAUUUUACUAACCAAAAUAAAACAAAAGUAUCUCUCUUUCUUGUUCAUUAUCUCUCUCUUUCUCGUUAUUGAUCUCCAUAUUGUCGUAAGCUAAGGAGAUCGUAAAACAAAAGUCAUGAGCCUAAAUUGUCUAACAUGUCAAGCCCUUCCAAGAACAGAUUCCAACAAAGAUUUAAAUCUCUCCGGUCCUGGACCACCAACGGUCGAGAUGAAUAACCAUGUUCUAGGUAAAACAUGUUGUGUAGAUCCUCCUAUUGGUGGGAGAAACUGGUCAGGGAGUUUGAGCCCUAGGAACCAUGAGAAGAUUGGACGGUCAGGAUCGUCUUUAGCGCAGAAGAUGAAGAAGGUGAAAAAGAUUCCUCACGUUAGGCUAAGUGGUCCUGUUGGUUCCAACCCUAGCAAUGGACCAACCCGGCCUGAACAACCAAGGCUUGUAAGGAGCACCGGAGUGCGAAGGAAUUGGAGUUUUGAGAAUUUGAGAGAUCAAGGAUUAAUAGAAGAAAAAAGGAUGAUUAACAUAUGAUGAUCAUCAUGAUUCUGAGAUUUUUAUAUAUGAAAUGUUUUUUAUAAGAUGAGAGAUUACAUCAUCGAUUUGAAGAGAGAAUGAAGCUGGUAAUAUAACAUAUAUAGUUUCAAAUCCAGAUUCGUGAUUUAUAUAAAUCGUGAUAGGAUAUGUGAGAUGUAUUAUAGUAUUGUUUAUUACUUGUCACGUUAUAUUUGUUCCCUUUUGAA